GUCCUUCUUUGCUUCGCAGGGCUCCAGCAUGGCGGACACCGGUGUGGUGGAGACGCUUCUACAGCGGAUUGAGAAGGCGGACGAUGGCGUGGACAGCCUGGAAGUGGCUAACAGUCUCGGGCUGGACCACCAGGUCAUCGUCGGAGCCGUGAAGAGUCUGCAGGCCGUCGGCGACGUAAUCUCAGCCGAGCUGCGCUCCUCCAAGCGCUGGGAGCUGACGGAUGAGGGCACGGAGAUAGCCGACCAAGGCAGCCAGGAAGCCCGGGUCUUCGGCUCCGUCCCGGUGGAGGGUCUGGCACAGAGUGAGCUCAUGAAACUUUCCUUUGGGAAGAUCGGCUUCAGCAAGGCCAUGUCCAACAAGUGGAUCAGAGUGGACAAGGCACACGAGGGCGGCCCGAGGAUAUUCAGGACUGUGGAGAGCAUAGAGGACCAGGUCAGACAGAAGCUGCUCCUCGUACAGAAAGGCAACACGUCUCAGCUGGAAGAGAAGGAGAAGAACGAGCUGAAGAAGAGGAAGCUGCUCUCUGAAGUGACGGUGAAGAAUUACUGGAUCACUAAAGGAAACUCCUUCAGCACCACCCUCACCAAACAGGACACGGAGCUCACGCCUGAGAUGAUUGCCAGUGGAAACUGGAAAGAGAAGAAAUUUAAGCCCUACAACUUUGAGGCCAUGGGUGUAGCCCCAGACUGUGGCCACCUGCACCCGCUGAUGAAGGUUCGAACACAGUUCAGGCAGAUCUUCCUGGAGAUGGGCUUCACCGAGAUGCCGACCAACAACUUCAUAGAAAGCUCUUUCUGGAACUUCGACUCCCUGUUCCAGCCCCAACAGCAUCCGGCCAGAGACCAGCACGACACCUUCUUCCUUUCCGACCCAGCACUUGCCCAUGAGUUCCCCCAGGACUAUCUGGAGAGAGUGAAGCGGGUCCACUCAGAGGGAGGCUUCGGUUCACAGGGGUACAAAUAUGACUGGAAGAUAGAAGAGGCUCAGAAGAACAUCCUCCGUACUCACACCACGGCGGUCAGCGCGCGCAUGUUGUAUAAACUUGCACAGCAGGAGAAGUUCACCCCUGUCAAGUACUUCUCCAUCGACCGGGUGUUCAGGAACGAGACCCUGGACGCCACCCAUCUCGCCGAGUUCCACCAGAUCGAGGGCGUGGUGGCCGACUACGGACUCACACUGGGAGACCUCAUGGGCAUCCUGCAUCAGUUCUUCAACAAAUUAGGAAUUACCAAACUGCGCUUCAAGCCUGCCUUCAACCCGUACACAGAGCCCAGCAUGGAAGUGUUCAGCUACCAUGAAGGACUAAAGAAGUGGGUGGAGGUGGGAAACUCUGGGAUCUUCAGACCAGAGAUGCUGCUGCCCAUGGGUCUUCCUGAGGAUGUGUCUGUCAUCGCCUGGGGCCUGUCUCUGGAGAGGCCGACCAUGAUUAAAUACGGCAUCAACAACAUUAGAGAGCUGGUGGGACACAAGGUGAACCUGCAGAUGGUUUACGACAGCCCCAUCUGUCGACUGGACUCCUGAGUUUCACGCAGCUAUUAUUAAUAUUCAUAUUUUUGGAUGGACAGACUUUACCUCUGCUAUGUAACAUCUGACUCUCGGUUGAGGAAUCCCUCCACCAGACGGCUCAUCUGAACCCGAGCGGGCGGAGGUGUUUCUCCAUUCAGAUCUCAAACAGGUUUUCAAAGGGCUUUAACUCGUAGGAUCAGCGUUUGUAUGAACUUGAUACUCUGCUGCUACGUAAAACAUCAGUGAGUCCUGACUUUGUUACAGACCAGCGAGACCUAUUGUUUUGUUUUUUUACAUUAAGUUACUACAGAUACAACCGACUUGUACAGAGGAAAAAUGCAUACAAACUGUUGAAACACAAAAUUAAAGUUUUUUCCGAAUACUAAUAUAA